AUGAUUCCACUAAAAACUCAUCAACACCAUUCUCCCUUCUUCUCCAUUUCUAAACCAAACCAACUCCACACAUUCUCUCUCCAACCUCACUUUCUCUCUCUUCCACCAUCUCCCCUACAAAAACUUUCUCUCAAACUCAAACCCCAACCACCCCCUCUUUCAUUCCCCAUUCAAAGGUUUUCAAACAUUAAAUUACCACUUUUCAGCAACGAUGAACAACUUCAGGACUUAUCGCCAAAAGGGGAAGUGUAUCAGAAGACACUGCAGUUGGUUGAGUGUUCCAUGUUUGCUGCCCUCACUGGUUUGGUCUAUUUCUUGAGCAAUUCUCUUGCCAUUGAGAAUUACUUCAGUUGUUUCUUCUCGUUGCCGAUAGUGAUAUCCUCGAUGAGAUGGGGUAUUGACGCUGGAAGGAAAACUCUGGUUGCAACAACUAUACUUUUGUUUGUUCUAUCUGGUCCAGUCAAAGCUCUAACUUACCUGCUUAAGCAUGGUAUAGUCGGUUACACAAUGGGCACUCUAUGGAGGUUGGAAGCCAGUUGGAGUCAAUCAAUUUUCGUGUGCACAAUUGUACGAUCACUCGGCGCAGUUGGCUUCGUCUUGAUUUCGUCUUUCUUGAUAAGGGAAAACAUACUAGCUUUGAUCACCAUUAACAUUCAUGCUUCUCUUACAUUUGUGCUCGUUGCGGCCGGUGUCAAUUCUAUUCCUUCAAUGAACUUCAUAUAUACCCUAUUUGGAACCUUGGUAUUGUUGAAUAGUGGAUGUUUCAUGUUCUUGCUUCACAUGUUGUAUUCUGUUUUUCUUACUAGAAUGGGAAUGAAAUCUUCAUUGUCAUUGCCAAAAUGGUUAGAGAAGGCCAUUUGA